GACUGUCAGUUUACAGCUGACUCGUGGUGAUUGCUGGUGUACGCGCGUUUAAAUAUCGGUAAUGUUUUGCGUGGAUAUUAUAAAUAAAAAAGGAAUUAAUAGUUAUUAAAAGCAAUUGAACCUUCUGGCAUAUUGAGGUAGUGGGCCCGAAAUAUGCACGUCUGUUAGUGUGAAUCAAAAUAUGCUUAAUGUAAUAUUCAGUUUUAAAUUGUGCAAGUGUCACCAGAAGUUACCUGGUGGAAAGUAUCGCUCAGUAGAAAGUGAAUUUUCAAUUCCAGAGUAGCGUAGCUUCUCGUUUUUUGGUUCAUCCGCGUAAUUGCCAUAUGAUCAAACUAACGGUCGGUAUUCUUCGUUACUUCAACUACUAUUACUAUUCUUACCAUUACUACCGCUCCGCAAUCUUCAUUCGCAGCUUAUCUCCGUCUGCUUCCUUUCGUCUUUCACCCGUCUUUUCCAAUCUGAUAGGGGAGCCCGUAGUACCGUGAGAAUACGCGCCGAUAACAUUUAGAAAACAUAUAAUAAUUAUUAUUAUUAUGGUAUUAGUGAAAUUUAUCAGUGUUCUAUGCUUCGUAAUCGCUUGUCUUUUCGGCAUCGCGUUCGCGUCGAUUGUGUCGUCUUCGAGGAGGCCAAUUUACUCCAAUGAGUUCGCUGUCCACGUCCCGGAGGGUAAGGGUGCAGCAGAUGUCAUCGCCUCUAAACAUGGUUUUGUAAACAGGGGACAGAUUGGUAGCCUGAAAAACUUCUAUUUGUUCGAACACAGACGUGUCCACAAACGUUCCCUUCAAGCCAACGACUUCUACCAUGGAUCCCUCGCAUCUGAACCUCAGGUCAAGUGGGUUCAACAGCAACAUGAAAAAAGACGAAAGAAGAGGGAUUACAUCGAUACAUCGUCACAACCCUUCGAACAAUACUUGAGCGCCGUAGCACCAGGAAUCAGGCCAACCCAUACGCAUCUACGUUAUCGUCAAGCUGGCUUUCCCGAUCCCCUUUUCAAGGAGCAGUGGUACUUGAAUGGAGGAGCUAAAGAUGGAUUGGAUAUGAAUUUGAAGCCCGCAUGGGACAAAGGUUAUACGGGGAGGGGGGUUGUGGUAUCUAUUUUGGACGACGGGAUUCAAACAAAUCAUCCAGAUUUAGCUCAAAAUUAUGAGUAAGAAUGUUGGAUGGGGUGGUAAAUGACGCCGUUGAAGCACGAGCUUUGGGACUGAAUCCAGAUCAUAUCGACAUCUAUAGCGCAUCUUGGGGCCCAGAGGAUGAUGGCAAAACAGUGGAUGGACCAGGUCCUUUAGCAAGGCGAGCGUUCAUUUAUGGGGUAACCAGCGGGCGAAAAGGGAAGGGGUCGAUUUUCGUAUGGGCUUCAGGGAAUGGGGGUCGACAUACCGAUUCAUGCAACUGUGAUGGAUACACAAACAGUAUUUUCACUUUAAGUAUAUCUAGCGCAACACAAGGAGGGUACAAACCCUGGUAUUUAGAAGAGUGCUCUUCAACGUUAGCAACAACGUAUAGCUCAGGAACUCCUGGACAUGACAAGAGUGUAGCAACUGUGGAUAUGGAUGCCCGUCUUCGGCCUGACCACAUUUGUACAGUUGAACAUACUGGAACUUCUGCUUCAGCUCCCCUGGCAGCUGGAAUUUGCGCUUUGGCACUUGAAGCUAAUCCCAGCUUAACGUGGAGAGAUAUGCAGUAUCUUGUGGUUCUAACAUCACGACCAGAACCCUUAGAAAAAGAACCCGGCUGGAUAACAAACGGAGUUAAAAGGAAAGUAAGUCACAAAUUUGGAUACGGACUUAUGGACGCGGGUGCUUUGGUCAGUUUGGCUGAAAAAUGGACUACAGUUCCUGCACAACAUAUUUGUAAAUCGAGAGAAAUACUAGAAGAACGUCAAAUCGAGUCCAAUUAUGGAUACACAUUAUCUGCUCACAUGGACGUGGAUGGAUGUAGAAAUACACUUAAUGAGGUUCAUUUUCUAGAACAUGUUCAGUGCAAAAUUUCCUUACGUUUCUUCCCCCGUGGCAAUUUGAGGAUUUUGCUAACUUCUCCUAUGGGAACCACGUCUACUCUUUUGUUUGAAAGGCCGAGAGACGUUGUAAAUUCAAACUUUGACGAUUGGCCUUUCCUUAGCGUUCAUUUCUGGGGUGAAAAAGCUGACGGAAGAUGGACAUUGCAAAUAGUGAACGCAGGUAAUCGUCACGUAAAUCAAGCAGGAAUUCUCAAGAAAUGGCAGUUGAUAUUCUACGGCACCGCUGUCAAUCCGAUCAGGUUAAGACCACCCGGUAAUCCUUCUUCUACCCCUUGGAAAUCUCAUCUAAAUUCCUUCACUUUUCCCUCCCAGGAAGCAGAACUUGUCACAGAAGAAAGUCAGGUUACGCCAAAUGAUUACUUUAACGCAGAAUUCUUCAAAGACUUCAACAACUUCCCAAAUGUGUACACCUUUUCUGGAUCAGAACCGGAAAGAGCGAUAAGUUCAUUAGACGGCAAAAAGUUGAACAAAGUAAGGGAUAAUACCGACAAUAGGAUUGAUGGUGACAAUGACAUAGACAACAAAGAGAAUUGUGAUCCCGAAUGCGACGAUAGGGGUUGCUAUGGAAUUGGUGCCGAUAAAUGUAUUGGUUGUCAAAAUAAAAGACUGGACAAUAUGUGUGUUGGUACGUGUCCUCCGAGGAGUUACGCUGAUACACAGGGUGUUUGUAAGCCGUGCCAUGAAUCCUGCGACACUUGUACAGGACCAGGUCAAAAUAAUUGUGUUUCGUGUUCACCGGGACAUGUUCGUGUCUUAGAUUUGGACGUUUGUAUGCAACAAUGUCCUGAAGGCUAUUUCGAAAAUUACAUGGAUAAGACUUGCAUCCCUUGCCAACCGAACUGCGGAAGCUGUCAGGAUCGACCAGAUUAUUGUACUAGCUGUGAUCACCAUCUAUUGUUACAUCAAGGGCGAUGUCUUGCAGCGUGCCCUUCGAGGACGUUUGAAACAGAAGAUUACACAUGUUCUUCCUGUCAUGAAACUUGUGGUACUUGUCACGGUUCCAAUAGCACACAAUGCAUAUCCUGCGAGUUGGGACGUUACUGGCAUGAAGGACAAUGUUUAAAGGACUGUCCUGCCCAUCAUUAUGCCGACACAGUCCAAAAAGAAUGUGUCGAAUGCCCUCCAGGAUGUUCAGAAUGCAACAAAACUACCUGCAUUUCCUGUCUCGACGAUUGGCAAAUCAAUUCAAAAGGAAGAUGUGUUCCUCAUGGAAGCGAAAAGUGUGGAACAGAUCAGUAUAUUGACGGCGGUAACUGUAAGCCGUGUCACUCGACGUGUGAAACAUGUGAUGGACCUACAGAACACACCUGUUUAUCCUGCGCGAAUCCCCUUAUUCUACAAGGAACCCACUGCGUAGCCGAAUGUGAAAAGGGUUCUUUCCACGAUAAAAUGUCCCGAACAUGUGAACCCUGCUAUCACACCUGUCAGGAAUGUGUCUCAAAAACAAACUGCUCCAUUUGUACCAACGGAUUACUUCUACAGGGAGGUGAAUGUAGAGCAUCGUGUGCAGCUGGUUAUUACAGUGAUCGUGGGGUCUGCACUCGGUGUUAUUUGAGUUGCGAGACAUGUAGCGGGCCUGGUCAUGAUCAAUGUGUGAGUUGUCCGCCAAAAUGGCAACUGGCGGGCGGAGAAUGUCGUCCUGACUGCCCUGAUGGAUAUUACAAAACGGAUUAUGGAUGUCAAAAGUGCCAUUACUCCUGCAGGAAUUGUCAAGGUUGCAAGAAUCAGGCGGACAAGAGAAGAAUAAAUGUGCAAGCAUACCUACUUUCAGCUCAACCAGUUUCAACAUUUCAAUUAGUUAACCCUUUCAAUUUCAUGACAGGCAUUGCAAUAAUUGCUUGCCUAUGUGUCGUCGUGUUAUUCGUAACGAUAUUUAUAAUAUUACAAAGAAAUACUGUCCACGCCUCCCAAAGUGGCUACAGCAGGGUGUCGAUCAAAAAGCCCAAAGUAACAUGCAAUUAUAACGUUGUGGCUGUAAAUGACGACGACACAAGUGAUUCAGACAGUACGGAGGGACAGAAUUUGAUAAAUACGAAAACCAGUCAAAAUCACAACCAGAGCGAAUGCUAACUUAUACGGGGGACACAACCAUCGCCUAAAUCAUCUUCCCACCCUCACCCUCUUUAAUGUGUAUCAACGACACUUUCUGUCUUCAUUGUCUAAUUCCUUUUUUGUAAAAAGAAUUUAACAAAACAACUAUUGCGAGAAGCGAACAACGCUAGAAAUACGCAAGAGUGUGUAAUUUAUAAAGAUAAGGUAAAUAGUGAUAAGUAUUGUAAAUAUGGUGUGAUAUUUAUAAGAACAAAAUGAUUACCAUUUGUACCAAAUCGCUGUGUGUAUUUAUUACAAAGAUUUUAACGUAACACGUAACUAUCAAUGAAGACAGUUCUUUAACUUGCAUGAAACAAAACAAAACAAAAUAUAAAUAUAUAUGUAAAAAACGAAACUAAAAAUCAAAUCUAUGAAACAAGAUUAAGUGCUCUUGAUAUUUUAUUUGACGGACAUAUAGUUAUUUUUAAAUGUACACAUUCUAUAUAACUGAACAGGUAAUUGUUUUAGGUGUUAAUUAUAAAAAUUUAACCGCAAUUAAACUCAGUGAUCACAAAUUAAUAAAUAUAUUAUGUUUUUAAACGAUCAGCAUCCGUUGUAGUUAAAUAUAUUUUUUUCCUAUUGUGUUUGUUGCGCAAAUUGUACUAUGUAAUGUGAAUGUUAAUUUUUUAUUGUAAUCACUUAAUUAAUUAUUAAACCGAACCGGAAAAUAUUGUCACUGACGAACCCUUGCAAAAUUUAAAUAAAUGAUUUUGUUUAUG